CGCCGGAAAUCCGACCGGCUCUGGCUCCGAGAUUCAAGACAACAAGCGUAGCGGGCCCAUGCCUUGUCCGGGACCCACCAACAAGCAGAUCUGAACAUUCCCGCGAAUGCAUCUAGAUGAGCAGUAUUUUAGUUCACGUGCUUAAUUGUCAACUCUAUCCCGUCCUCCUGGUAUCGGCCCUCUAUUCAUUUUCCACGUUUGCUUUCGUUUCUUUUCAUUGUCCGAACUCCGAAUUCUUCUGAGAUGGGUGUGCGGAACGCCUACGUAGACGAUGAUGAUGCUGCAGCUGCUUCUUCCAAGUCGUCAUCUUGGUUCGCAAUUUUUUUGUCUUCAGCUCUCAGAACCAAAACCCUAACCGGUUCUUCAUCGGAUACUUACAUCCGUACUCCCUCCGGUGAAGGCCUCGUUCGUCGUCUUGGUCUUUUCGAUCUCAUCCUGCUCGGUAUCGGCGCAUCGAUCGGUGCUGGAAUCUUCGUCGUCACGGGGACCGUUGCUCGCGAUGCUGGACCAGGUGUCACAAUUAGCUUUAUUCUUGCUGGGGUGGCGUGCAUGCUAAAUGCACUUUGUUAUGCCGAAUUAGCUUCCCGCUUUCCUGCUGUUGUCGGAGGAGCAUACUUGUAUACAUACACAGCUUUCAAUGAGCUCACUGCUUUUCUUGUUUUCACACAACUGAUGCUUGACUACCAUAUUGGAGCAGCGAGCAUAGCACGAAGCUUAGCUAGUUAUCUUGUGACAAUAUUAGAGUUAUUCCCAAUCUUCAGAGAGAACAUUCCAAGUUGGAUUGGACACGGGGGCAAAGAGUUCUUUGGAGGAGCUCUAUCAAUCAAUAUAUUGGCUCCAAUUCUCUUUGCACUCUUGACAAUAAUUUUAUGCAGGGGUGUGAGAGAAUCAUCUGCAUUGAAUUCUUUCAUGACAAUGACAAAGGUGGUAAUUGUUCUUUUAGUCAUCCUGGUUGGUACUUUUGAGGUUGAUGUAUCAAAUUGGUCUCCUUUUGCACCAAAUGGAUUUAAAGCAAUAGUAACUGGAGCAACUGUAGUAUUUUUUGCAUAUGUUGGAUUUGAUGCAGUGGCUAAUUCUGCCGAGGAAUCUAAAAGACCACAGAGGGAUUUACCAAUAGGCAUUCUUGGAAGCCUUCUCAUCUGUGCAGUCUUAUAUAUUGCUGUCUGCUUAGUGAUUACUGGGAUGGUUCCUUACAAGUUACUUGGUGAAGAUGCUCCUUUGGCUGAAGCCUUUACAUCAAAGGGCUUGAAAUUUGUUUCUAUUUUGAUCAGUAUAGGUGCUGUUGCUGGCCUUACUACUACACUUCUGGUUGGCUUGUAUGUUCAGUCUCGGUUGUAUCUUGGUCUUGGAAGAGAUGGUUUACUACCUUCCAUAUUUGCAAGAAUACACCCAUCACUUCACACUCCUGUUCACUCCCAAGUCUGGGUUGGUGUGGUUGCUGGUGUCUUGUCAGGAUUAUUUAAUGUGCAUGUGCUUUCACAUAUUCUUUCUGUUGGCUCAUUGACAGGUUAUUCUGUUGUUUCAGCAUGUGUCAUAACCCUUCGUUGGAAUGAUAAGGCAGCAAAUCAAGUGUCUCCAAGAUGGAUCUCAACAUGGAAUGAAGGUGUCAUUUGCCUUCUUUUAGUUGCCUGUUGUGGAUUCGGUGCCGGGCUAUGCUAUCGUUUCAAUGCUUCAUUUAUCAUGCUUAUGAUAGUUAUACUAAUAGCAAUGCUUGGUGCCCUUGUUCUCCAUUAUCGUCAGGUCUACACAGAUCCAUCAGGGUUUCGUUGUCCAGGAGUUCCUAUUGUGCCAGCUGUUUGCAUCUUCUUUAAUAUUUUCUUGUUUGCUCAGUUACACCAUGAAGCAUGGUUGAGAUUUGUUGUCCUCAGCAUCAUUUCAGUUGGUAUCUAUGCAUUUUAUGGGCAAUAUCAUGCUGACCCGUCAGAGUAUGGUGCAGUGGGAAUGUUGUAUCAUAACAUUUAUCACUUGCUGUAAUCGGCGGGCUUUACAUUGGAAAGAUAUGAGAAGAAUGCAUGUAGAGAUGUUUGGUGGCAAAAUGUAUAUGUAUAUACUGUCAAGCUAAUUUAUCUGGCAACAUGUUCUAUUUGAUCAGGUUGGUGUAUUUUUUCCUGCUAUCCUAAAAGAACUCUCAAAUGUUAUUAACAAAGUUCUCAUUUUCUUGUUU